AUGACGCACAGCUUAUCGGAGAGUGAAAAUGCCUUGGUUGGCAUCACUGCUGGCAUCGUAGAUAUCAGUUGCAUCCAGUGGGCAUACUACUUGAAAAAUGCAAGGCAGCAAAGACUGCCUCUCACGUGGAAUCCACGAAUCUUGUACCGUGGAUAUGUGGCCAAUUGUGCAAAUGUUGCAGCCGGUACCAGCUUCCAAUUUGCGACAGCAGGGGCCUUGAAGAAGGUGGUUCUUUGUGGUGAGCAUCGUGAGCUGACAGACGCGGAGAAAGUGUGCACAGGAUUCCUUGCGGGCUUUGCAUCUGGUGUGAUGGCUACCCCACUUGAGCUGGUGAUGACCCAACAGCAGCUCAAGGGAGGUUCAGCUCUGCAGAAUGCCUUUGGCUCAGCCAGUCUCAAGAUGUCUCAAGUGCUUAAGGAUACAUGUCGCGCGCCGAGUCUGAUUCAGGGCCUUUUCACUGCAGCCUACCUUGGGGCAAAGACGUGCAUGCAGGGUGAUAUUGAGCGUAAGACGUACGGCAGCUUCGCACAGACCUGCCGAGAAAUCUACAGCUCCGGUGGCGGUUUUCGCGGAUUCUACCGGGGCCUCGAAUUCCGAUUCUUGCGACAAGUUUGGCAAGUCUGGGUUUUGGACUUGCUGCGGGUGAAAUUGUCACCACUUCUUUUCCCAUACAGAUUCAAGGCGGAUGCUAAUCUUUCUCUUGACUUUGCAAUUGCAUAG